UCAUUUCAGGCUUAUUGAGGAAUGAUGGAUUCUGAUGAUGAUUUUAGCGACUAUGAAGAUAAAGCCAUGGCACCAGAAUAUCACCUGUUUUCUAUGCAGGAUGAUCUGCAGGAAGUGGGUUUGCAUCAUACUCAAACGAGCUUACAUAAAAUAAUUCUGGAUGGAAAUAAUGACUUCUCUGUUGUUGAAAAAGCAUCAGAAGACUUGAGAAAGCAUAGUAAAGAAGUAAAUGAUCUUCACUGUGAAGAUCCAAACAGAGAUGUUCAAGAUAUUUGUGAACUAUUGGAGACUGACACAAAGAGCACAAGAAGUUCUCUGUCAGACAGAACAAACGUUUCUUCACCAUGCACAUUGAUUCCUUUAAGAGAUAAAGCAAACUCUUCCAGUUAUUCUCGCCUCCUUGGGCUCAUGCAAAGAGAAAGUGAUUUGCCAAAGGUGAAUAAUGUGCAAGGAGAAAACAGUGGGUAUAUACCUUGUGUACUAGAGAAUAAGAAAGAUAAUGUGAGUGAUGAGAGGGAAUUUGACAGAGGGCUUGAACCAGCACAAGCCUUGUUUUCAGAGGAAGUAUUAUCAACAUUCACCUUUCAAGAGAAUUGGUCACUUACAAGUGAUUGUGAAGGAGCUUACAUAUCAGACACAUUUUCCACUGAUUAUGGUUACCCACGUUUGAAGAGCCAUGAUGUAGAGGCAGCUAAUACAAGCACAGAGUUGUUGACAUUCCCUAAAGUCUCAGAUACAUUAGUUGAAGAAACAGCAGAAAAUAAAUUUUCCUGCAAGAAAAUAUUCCCAGUGCAUAAUUUGUAUAGUUCAAAUGCUGAACAAGAAACUUAUAAUUUAGAAAAAGAUACUUUGUUUAAGAAAUAUCUGGAUGAGAGAGAGAGAAGCUUAAACAGUGGCAUCAUGGUGUGCAGUGACAGAGAUCUUAGAAGUAGUACCAUUGAUAAGAAAAGUUCAUUUCAGAAACUUCAAGAGCAGCUUAAUAUAUUCCACUUGAGAAUAAAAGUUCAGAGUGGUCACACACCAGCAGCAGCAGCAGCAGCAGCAGUAUCAAUUGAGAAAAACAAAUAUGCUUCUAGACUUGAAAUUCACUUCAGUCAUAUGAAAUCAUUAACUUGUUUUGAAGAUUUGGAUAAAAAUUUGUCAGAGUUUUCCAUUGCCCUGAAAAAUGACAAGUAUUUGGCAAAUUGUUUUUUAAGUAGUCUUGUAAAUUAUGCACAUUCAGUUCUUGACUUGAAUACUGACUUAACGAAGAUUAAUGAAUUUCUUGAAUGCAUAAUUCCUCAUGUCAGGGAUGUCAUUACUAGCCAGAUUGACAGAAUGUCUAUUAGUAUUAUUAGGGAUAAUAACUUUGUCCAGAAUCUUUACAAAACAAUGGUUAAUGUAUUCAUCAAGGAAACCAGGUACAGAGAAGAGUCCAUCAGUAAGUUGCUUCAGUAUCAACAGAAGGAUAAGAAUAUCAAGGCUCAUAUUGCACGAAUGACACCACAAGAUUCACAGAAAUUAUUCCAGGAAACAUUUUCUGAUAAAGGGAAUCCUUCAGAUCUGUAUCUUAUUUAUAUCUGGCAGAUUUUACAGAUUUAUGAAAUAGGAGAAGAGAAUGCACUUGAAAUACCAGUGUUGUCAAUCACGGAUCUACUAGAAGACUCGGGAAAAUUUAUAAGUGUACUUCCAACAAAGGACAUGAAAAAGGAAGGGAAAGUUCCUUUCACUUAUGUUGCACAAAAAUCUGUAACAGAAUCAAGUGACAAGCUGAAGGAAACUCCCAAACCAUUUGUUGACAUAAGUUUUGAAUGGGUUAAUUUUCACAUUGGUCAGCUGUAUGAAAAUGGAGUUGUAUUUCUCAUUAACAUGAUGGACUGGGUUGAUCAUUUGCAGAAAAUCUCGCUGUCCAUUGAACAGCUGGAAGUGAAGAAGAAUGCUAAGUUUGUGCCAUCACUUGGAUCAACAUAUGCACUACUGCUUCAGGUGAGAAUAAUUGAUAGGUUGUACUGCACAGGAGCUGAGCAGCUGGCACUGCUAGACCUGAGGUAAGAAU